AUGGCGAUUGAUCGCUAUGCAGCAAUAUGUAACCCACUUCUCUAUCUAAGGAUUAUGACUAAGGAAAAAUGCCUAAAGUUAUUGAGUGGUUCUUACUUUGGUGGUUUUCUUCAUUCUUUAAUACAGACAUGCUGUACUUUUCGCCUUUCAUUUUGUGGCUCUCACCAAAUUGAUCACUUCUUUUGUGAUAUUCCACCUUUACUAAAGCUCUCCUGUAUGGAUACAUCUACAAAUGAACUUAUUCUGCCAAUAUUUGCAUCCAUUGUAGCAGCUGGCUCUGCUAUUGUCAUAGUUAUCUCUUAUACUUCUAUUUUACGUGCUGUUUUUAAAAGUCGAUCUUUACAAGGAAGACGCAAAGCAUUCUCCACCUGUGGCUCUCAUUUCAUUUGUGUCAUUCUUUUCUACAGCACAGUCCUCUUUAUGUAUCUAAGACCAAGCUCAAUAUAUUCUUUACAACAAGACAAGAUUAUCUCAGUAGUGUAUACACUGGUCAUUCCAAUGUUGAACCCUCUAAUUUACAGUUUGCGAAAUCGAGAAAUAAAGCUUGCUCUUAGGAAUGUUAUUAAAACAUUUAAAAAUGAUUAA